AUGGCGGGUGUGGGCACGGUGAGGAAGCUGGUGGUGGAGGUGGUAGAGGCGCGGGGGUUGGUGCCCAAGGACGGCGGCGGGUCGGCGAGCCCCUAUGCGGUGGUUGACUUCGACGGUCAACGGAAGCGGACACGGACGGUCACCCGUAGCCUCAACCCCUCUUGGAACGAGUCCCUCCUCUUCGACGUCUCCUUCGGCGGCGACGCCGCUGCCGCCGGCGAGCCCCUGGAAAUCGAGCUCCUUCACGACCGGAAAGUCUCCCCCACCCGCCGGAGCCACUUCCUUGGAAGAGUUCGCCUCGACCCCUCUCAGUUCGUCUCCAAGGGGGAGGAGGCCCUCGUCCACUACCCCCUCCAGAAGAAAAGCUUCUUCAGCUGGAUCCGUGGCGACCUCGCCCUCAGGGUCUUCUUCUCCGACGAGCCGGCGCCGGCGCCUCCCGUCGACCCUCCGCCGCCCCCCGAAAAGCUCCCCGACGUCGUUCCGCCCUCCAACCAUGCAGUGGAGCAGAAGGCGGCGCCGCCCUCCGGGGAGGCGGCGGUGGAGGCUGGGAAGCCUGGAGAGGCAGCGGACCAGGUGGCGCCGCCCGCCGGGGAGGCGGCGGUGGAGGCUGGGAAGCCCGUAGAGGCAGCGGACCAGGCGCCGCCGCCCGCCCCGGACGCGGCGGUGGAGGCUGGGAAGGCCGGGGAGGCAGCGGAUCAGAUGGCGGCGCCGCCCGCCGGAGAGGGGGUGGUGCCUCAGGAGGACCUGACGAAGGAGGAAGCGGCGGCCAUGGAGCAGCAGCUGCUGCAGCCGCCGCCGCCUUUGUCGCAGCGGCAGGUGGGAAGUGAAGAAGGCGGGGUGGAGCGGUCGUCGUUCGACCUGGUGGACAAGAUGCAGUACCUCUUCGUGCGGGUGGUGAAGGCGCGGUCGCUCCCCGGCGGCGCCGCCAACCCGCCACACGUUAGGAUCGCUGUCUCCGGCAGCAGCGCCGCCACCGGCCCCGCCAUGACAAGGGCCCACCCCACCUCCUUCGAGUGGGACCACACCUUCGCCUUCCCUCGCCCCGGCGGCGCCGCCGAUCAGGAGGAGCUGCCGGCGGAGGUUUCCGUGUGGGAUGGCCCGCCGGUGGAGUCUCCGGCCGCCGCCCCCGGCAAGCGGUUCCUCGGUAGCGUCCGCCUCGACGUGUCGGAGGUCUCCGACGGCCCGCCGGCGGCGCAGUGGUAUCGGGUCGCCGGGGCUGGAGAAGGAGAGCUGAUGCUGGCCACGUGGGUGGGCACCCAGGCCGACGAGUCCUUUCACGGUGCCACCAAGGCCGACGGCGGUGCCUCCUCCUCGCGCUCCAAGGUCUACCUCUCCCCCAAGCUCUGGUAUCUCCGUCUCACGGUGGUCAACGCCGACGACCUCCUUCCCUUACCCUCGGAGACGGCGGCACUGCUACAAGACGCCCCCGUGUGGGUGAGGGCGACGCUGGGGUUUCAGUCCCUGAAAACCCGCAGCGCCGCCUUGGGCCGCGGCGGAACCCUAGCGCCGCCGCCAUCGUGGGAGGACCUGCUGUUCGUGGUGGCGGAGCCACUAGGGGACCAGGCGGUCGAGAUCGCCGUGGAGGCCCGCCGCCGCCGCCGCCACGGGGAGGAGCCGGCGACGGUCCUCGGCUGCGCCCACGUGGCGCUCUCCGCCGUCGAGCGCCGCGUGGACGACCGCCAUGUAGCGCCAAGGUGGCUGGACCUCCUCCCGCCGCCCGCCGGCGGCGAGGAGGCCGGCGGCGCCGCCCCCCGCGGGCGGCUACAGGUGCGGGUGUGCCUCGAUGGCGGGUACCACGUGACAGACGAGCCGCCACACGCCGCCAGCGACUUCCGGCCCUCCGCCCGGCAGCUCUGGCGGCGGCCCGUCGGCGCCGUCGAGCUCGGGAUAAUCGGGUGCCGUAAUCUCCUCCCCGUCAAGUCAACCGUCGGCACCGCCGCUUACGUGGUGGCCAGGUACGGCUCCAAGUGGGCCCGCACCCGUACCGUGGCCACCAGCAUGGAGCCCACGUGGAACGAGCAGUACACGUGGCCCAUCUUCGACCCCGCUACCGUCCUCACCGUCGCCGUCUUCGACGAGUCCGCCACCGCCUGCCGGCCGUUGGGGCGGGUCCGGAUCCGGAUCUCCGCACUUGAGAGUGGGUGCGCGUACCGCAUUUCCUACCCUCUCUUCCUCCUCGGCCCCACCGGCCUCCACCGCACGGGUGAAAUCGAUCUGGCCGUACGCUUCGCACGAGCGGGAUCCCCCCUCGACAUCCUCCACGUGUACGGCCAGCCCGUGCUCCCUCUCAUGCACCACCUCCGCCCGAUCGGUGGGCUCCGGAGGGACCAUCUCCGAUCGGCAGCGGCGCGCCUAGUGGCCGCCCACUUGGCGCGAUCUGAGCCCUCACUUCCCAACGAGGCGGUGAUGCACGUGCUAGAGGCCGACGGCGAGUCACGCGGAGGCUUCAGCAUGCGCAGGAUGCGCGCCAGCUGGAACCGCGCGGCUGCGGCGCUGUCGUGGGUGGCCAGCGUGGCGCGCUGGAUGGAGAGCAUGAGGACGUGGCGGAAUCCGACGGCGACGAUCCUCGCCCACGGCGUGCUCGUUCUGCUCAUCUGGCACCCCGACCUCAUCGUGCCCGCCGUGGCCAUCCACGUGGCUAUGGUAGGUGUCUGGAACCGCCGAAAGAGUGCACGCGGGGCGGCUUCCACCGGCCACGUCUGCUUGAGGGCGUCCCAACUGGAGGCGACGGCGCAGCUGGCGGACGAGCUGGACGAGGAGCUGGACCCCUCGCCGAGCGCGAAGCCGCCGGAGGUGGUGCGGGCGAGGUACGACCGCCUGCGGGCCGCCGUGUGGCGUGCCCAGAACCUGCUAGAUGACGUGGCGGCCCAGGCGGAGCGGCUCCAGUCGCUGGUGACGUGGCGCGAUCCCCGCGCCACGGCGAUCUUCGUGGUGGCCUGUCUGGUCACGUCGGCCGUCCUCCUGGCGGUGCCCACGAAGGUAGCGGCGGCCGCCGCCGGCUUUUAUUGGCUCCGCCACCCGGUUUUCCGGGGAGCGGCGGCGGCGGCGGCGCCACCAAGGGGCCUCAACUUCUUCCGGCGGCUGCCCACGUUGUCGGAUCGCAUCAUGUAG